AUGUACAAUGGUCGAACAGACUCUGUGGAGCACGUAAGCCACUUCAACCAGAGAAUGGUUGUGCACUCCAAGAAUGAGGCAUUGAUGUGCAAGAUGUUCCCCUCCAGUUUAGGGCCUAUGGCGAUGAGGUGGUUUGAUGGCCUAGGUGCAGGUUCCGUUGAUUCCUUCAAGGAGCUCACCCGAGCGUUUGGAUCUCGUUUGAUCACGUGCAAUAGGGUUUCUUGGCCCUUGGAUUCCUUGUUAUCCAUGUCCAUGCGAGAAUGGGAGAUCCUGAAAACAUACUCGAACAGAUAUCGGGAGAUGUUCAAUGAGAUCGAAGGGGAUUUUGAUGACGUGACUAUAAGGACAUUUAAGGUCGGCUUACUUGCCGAGCAUGAUUUGAGAAAGUACUUGACCAAGAAGUCGGUAAGGAGUAUGCGUCGGCUUAUGGAUCGUAUUGACGAAUACAAGUGGGUCAAGUAA